GGCCCGUGAGCUGGUGUUUUGUAUACCGUCGUCUCCAUUGUCCUCUUUCUCUUUCUCCUUCGCCUUUCCUGCUCUUGCCCUGGGGGCUCUUCCAGUCUUUUAUUUUAUUUCUUCACGGUUGCCGCCUUCGUCAGUGCCGUCGCCGCCCAUACAUUAGAGGAGCCGGCCUCCACUCCUUCAUUCAAACCCUCCUUGCAAAACGUUGCCCACCGAUCGCCCCGCAUGAUUCGGCGCGUCCAGCUUUCCCUUGUAUUUCUGCAACUGCUGUGGCUGUUCUCUGGUUCUGUAUACGCAUUGCCAGCUGGUGUAUCACGCUACGAGACCUUAGUACGAAGGCAGGAUGGUGGACUCACACAGGAGACUACCUUCACGACGACGGAUGUGAUUCAGACUUCCUCUGGACCUGUCACCCAGAUGUGUACAAUCACUCUCACCCCCAUUACCGGUGAUAAUGGAGAACCUCUUGUCCGUGAGGUGAAAUCCUGCGUGGUUACUCCGGGUGCCUCAGGAAGCGGUUCGUCUGGGAGCAGCUCGUCAGUGGCGACGGAGACAGUCUCCUCUGCCGCCACUGCAAGCGCCUCAUCAUCGGCUACCACAACCGACACGGCGGCUGCAACAAGUGCAACGGCCUCUAGCGCUGAAGCGGCGAGCAGUGCUGCGGCGAGUGGAGGGUCGGGACCAUCUGUAAAUGGCCUCUCUUCUGUUGCUGCAACCGCGACCGCCUCGGGGUCGGGAUCAGCAUCCGCUUCCGCUUCUGGCUCUGCAUCGGCUGCUUCUGCCUCAACUACCGUUCAGCCUACCGCAGCGGCUGAGAACGCUCCCAGCUCUGCAGCCGCCGCUGCAUCCGCCUCAGCCUCUACCUCGGCUGCCGCUGCUUUUGUCCUCCCCGGAACAAAGCUUUCCGUACUUCCUAUUGGUCUUGGUGUCUUUGCUGGAAUAUCCGUCAUUGCUCUCAUCGUUGUUGGGUUGGUCACGUACGAGCGUACCAAGUAUCGUAAAGCGUUCAGGGCACGUAAACUUGCUGAAGCAGGGGCUUCUAUGGGAUAUGGUGGGAUGGCGCAACGCGCUUAGAAUUGCUUUUAAUCUGUUUCAUAUUGUUUUCUCAACUUGUCGGGGUACAUACACCGGAUCGGGUCUUCAGCGACUCGUGCCUGCGGGUGUGGACGCUUUUUUGUACGUACUCAUUGUAUACUACAUUGCGGCUUGGACGAACAGCGACUGCACUCGGCUCUCCCCCGUGAUUCCGGGAACGCCGAUCCUCAGGCAGCUCGCCCGCUGUUUUCCCAGUUUCGUCUAUCAAGGGCAGUGUUGCAUCCUGAUCCC